AUGUGUGUAACAGAAGAAUCUAUUCGUCAUAGUGGUAGUCAAGUUUAUGGUUGCAUAUUGAACAUCCAUGGUAACAAUUGGCAAAGAGUUGUCGAGUUUAUUGCCCGGCUAUCCCAGGUCCAUGGAUCGAUAGUUAAUAUCGAUGUAGCAGCAACAAGUAAUCCUCAAUGGCUGAAUUUUGCCAUAUUUUAUGAUCGUGUCGAUUCAUCAUUACAGUUUCUUGAAUAUAUGGAAAAUUUUAGUGAAUUGCACAACAUGAAUGUUUGCGAUUUAGUACAUCGUGAAACACCAGCAAUAAAUCUUUAA